CGGAGGGUGAGAAUGCAAAAAGGUUUCUAAUGGAAAUUGAGCGAUUAUUUACCAAGAAUGAAAAGGCUGAGACAAGUAGCCAUUUGGCUAAACUUGUCUCUAUGAGGUAUUCUGGCAAAGGAAACAUUCGUGAGUACAUUAUGGAGAUGUCUAAUCUCGCGUCAAAACUCAAGGAACUAAAGUUAGAGCUACCUGAGGAUUUGCUCGUUCACUUGGUUUUGAUCUCUCUUCCGGCCUACUUUGGGCAAUUCAUAGUGAGCUAUAACACUCAAAAGGACAAAUGGUCCCUUAAUGAGCUUAUAUCUCAUUGUGUGCAAGAGGAAGAGAGGCUGCAGAGAGAUAAGACAGAGAGUGCUCAUUUUGCUUCAACAUCUCACAAUAAGAAGAGAAAGAAGCAUGUGGUUGGUGCGGAAAAUUCUUCAAAGAAGAAGGCGAAGAAACAAGGUGAGGCAUUUGCUUGUUUUUUCUGCAAGAAAUCUGGACACACAAAAAGGGAGUGUUCUAAGUACGCCGCUUGGCGUGUGAAGAAGGGUUUGCCUGUGGAGUCGUCCACCAAAUGAUGCUGAAAAGUAUAUUUAUGUUGGUGAUGACUGAUGACAAUAAAGUGAAGUUCAAGCUAGAAGAAUUUUUGAAUUAUUUU